AUGUCCGAGCAAGACGUUGAUCCAAGCAAAUACAACCAACUACGAAGUAUCUGCAAAUACUAUAUCGAUUCAUAUCUUGCAUUGUAUCAGCUAAAAACAGAAAAAGAAGAAGAAAUAAAGUCAAUUUACAAAAUGAUCAAAACAGAAUUGAUUGAUUCAAAGAAAUAUCUUCCCACAAAUGCUAUUAAAGAUAUUUUAGAUAUCAUUCCAUAUAAUAAUCGCUAUACAAAGUCAUAUUUAUAUCUUGCCAAACUCAUAUCUGAUGAUUACCAUAUCACAGAGGUCAGCAGUGUUGCAACUAUUUCAAACUUCCUGUUUUAUAAAGAGUAUGGAAUUAAAUUAGACAAAUCUGCCAAUUUUGAAAAAGUUAACUCAAAAAAUCUGGAUAUUUAUACAGAAAAUACAAUUUACAGGGCAAUUAUGUAUAAUGACAAAGAAAGAUUCAUCACAUUCACUGAAAGUGAUGAAUUUGAUAUAGAUCAAAGACUUAAAAGCAACUUAUAUCCAGACUCCUACAAAGGAUAUUCAUUUCUUGAAUUGUGUUGUUACCAUGGAUCUGUUGAUUGUUUCAAGUUUUUAAGAACGAAAUUUAAAUCAGAAAUAACUGAAACAUGUCUUGAAUUUUCAUUUUUAGGAGGAAAUACAGAGAUCAUGAGUGAAUGUUUGAAAUAUCAAAAACCAGAUUUAUGGUGCAUGAAAUAUGCAAUUAUUUCACACAACAUUGAUUUUGUUACAUUCUUGAUGAAUGAAUACAAUAUAGAGAUCUAUUUAGAAUAUUGUGGAAUUUACAAUAAUCUUGAAUCCUUUUUAGUUUAUUUCGAUCAAAUUAAUGAUAUAUACAAAUCCUUAUCCGAAUACUAUAUAAACAAAUGUUUCGUUUAUUCAGCGAUAUUUGACGUUCCAUCCUUUUUGGAAUACCUCCUUUCACAUGGUACGAAUAUCAAUGUAAAAGAUAAAGAUGGAAAAACCGCACUUCAUGUUGCAUCAUGUUAUAAUAGGAAAGAAACUGCAGAAGUUCUUAUUUCACAUGGUGCGAAUAUCAAUGAAAAAACUGAUAAUGGAAUAACUGCACUUUAUAUUGCAGCAGAAAAAAUAGUAAAGAAACUGCGGAAUUUCUUAUUUCACAUGGUGCAAAUAUCAAUGAAAAAGAUAUAUAUGGAAAAACCGCACUUCAUAUUGCAGCAGAAAAUAACAGAAAAGAAAUUGCAGAAGUUCUUAUUUCGCAUGGUGCUAAUGUCAAUGAAAAAACUGAUAGUGGAAGAACCGCACUUCUUAUUGCUGCUCAUUAUAAUAGGAAAGAAACUGCGGAAUUUCUUAUUUCACAUGGUGCUAAUAUCAAUGAAAAAGAUAUAUAUGGACAAACUGCACUUCAUAUUGCAGCAGAAAAUAACAGAAAAGAAAUUGCAGAAGUUCUUAUUUCGCAUGGUGCGAAUAUCAAUGAAAAAGAUGAAAAUGGAAAAACCGCACUUCAUAUUGCAGCAGAAAAUAACAGAAAAGAAAUUGCAGAAGUUCUGA